AUGCCUCUCGUCGUCCCCGGCAUAAACAGCAAGGAUUCUUCGUCCACAGAAUCAUGGAUGUCCAAACUUAUGGGCAAGAAACUAACCGAGACACACGGCGAAACAAGUUUCGCGAAAAAGGAUCUCCCCAAGAAUCACCGAGUCGUUGGGGAAGGGGGCAUGAUGACGAUGGAUCAUAAUCCGGAUCGGUAA